AUCCCGAUGUUCUUUCUGUGCUAUAUUUUGGAAAACGCAUCCGCGCAGCGUCGUAGUAGGCACGAAGAUUCCACGGAGAUCGGCUCGUGAGAUUGUGAUCAAACUUGAAACAGAAAGCAAACAGCAACCAGAAACCAGCAGCAACAUGAGCAGCGUCGUAGAUGAGGAUCUUACCCCCGAGCAGAUUGCCGUGCUACAGAAGGCAUUCAACAGCUUCGAUCACCAGAAGUCUGGCUCCAUUCCCACCGAAAUGGUUGCCGACAUCCUGCGUCUGAUGGGCCAGCCCUUCGACAAGAAGAUCUUGGAGGAACUCAUCGAGGAGGUCGAUGAGGACAAGUCCGGUCGCUUGGAAUUCGGUGAGUUCGUGCAGCUGGCUGCCAAAUUCAUUGUGGAGGAGGAUGCCGAGGCCAUGCAGAAGGAGCUGCGUGAGGCCUUCCGCCUGUACGACAAGCAGGGCAAUGGCUUCAUUCCCACCACCUGCCUGAAGGAGAUCCUGAAGGAGCUCGACGAUCAGCUGACCGAUCAGGAACUCAACAUGAUGAUCGAGGAGAUCGAUAGUGAUGGUUCCGGUACAGUGGAUUUCGACGAAUUCAUGGAGAUGAUGACCGGCGAGUAAAUAGACGCACUGCGUCUUUUUGCCCAUGACCACGCCCACAACCACCAACACAGACACACAGAACACCCGAUACCCAUACACACAUACACACAUCCACACACACAGCUGCAUCACAUGCACACACCUAUACACCUCUACACACACACACACACACACCGGUACACCUGUUGGGCACACGUUUUGACUGUUUAUAUUUGCACACUUGUUUCACUCCCCCUCCACGGCUGUAUGCUCUUGUGUUUCGGUGGGAGUGCAAACAAAUCCAACGAAAUAAUGCCAAAUACUAGUAGAAAUAGAAAUUUUUGUACUACUUUUUUAUACUAAAAGAGCAGCAACAACGGAAAGCUGUGUAUGCAAAAAAAAAUAAAGUGUUAUGCGCUAUGACA